AUGGUAUGGAACAUGCAUGGUGCAGGGAGCACAACCUUUGUCAACACUCUCAAAGAACUAGUUCGUACACACCGCCCGAAUGUUCUGGUACUGGUUGAAACCCACAUGGGAGGGGCUCAAGCAACAAAAAUAGCUUAUGUUCUUGGUUAUAUGGGCCAUACUCGGGUGGAUGCUAUGGGGAUCAGUGGUGGAAUUUGGGUCUUUUGGAAACCAGAAUUGGUUAAAGUAAAGCCCAUAAUCAAACAUAAUCAGCAUAUUACCAUUGAUAUUUCUCGAGUUGGGGACACCCCUUGGUACUUUACUACUGUCUACGCAAGCCUAGACCCGGUUAAACGUAAAGAAUUAUGGGAUGAUCUUAAAAACUUUGCCUCGACCCACAAUAAACCAUGGCUUGUUGCCAGUGAUUUCAACGACACUCGUACAACCUCUGAAAGAAACACUUCCUGUCAAGAAACCAACCGCCGGUCUGCUCAUGAUUGGAUUGAUGAGAUGCAACUCGUAGAAAUUGAAUUUGUAGGGGCUGGUCAUACCUGGGCCAGAGGUCUGUCCCGUGAAACGCGCCAGAGUGGAAGGCUCGAUCAAGACUUAUGUAAUGCAGAAUGGGGUUUGAGAUUUGAGCAAGCCAAAGUGCGCCAUCUCCCAGCCGUGGGUUCACACCACUUUCCUAUCUUUAUCUAA